UUUCAUUACUACUGCCGGUAUUGUAUCAACAUUCCAAUAGUUUCGCAAAAAGUUGGUGAAAUUUUGGGGUAUUUUGCAGAAACAGUUUAUUUUUAGAAUAUACGAACAAAAUGUUGAUCAAAGUGAAGACGCUUACUGGCAAAGAAAUAGAAAUCGACAUUGAGCCCACUGACAAAGUUGAUCGCAUUAAGGAGCGUGUGGAAGAAAAAGAAGGCAUUCCGCCCCAGCAGCAGCGAUUGAUAUUUUCUGGAAAACAAAUGAAUGAUGACAAAACGGCCGCAGAUUACAAAGUACAAGGAGGAUCUGUUUUGCAUUUGGUUUUGGCAUUGCGUGGAGGCAAAUAUUAGUUUCAUAAUUUUUCUAUCCUAAGUAUGUUUACACGAUGAGUCACUUUUUGUAAAAAUAAAAUUUAUUUAAAGACUUAGUUGUCAUUACAAUA